AUGAUGCUCUGGCUGCUGAGCUCUUUCCUCCUUGUGGCCCUGGCCUCAGGCUCUGACCAGUCUUCCUACAACCCCUCCAGCCGUGUAGUCAAUGGUGAGGACGCAGUGCCCUACAGCUGGCCUUGGCAGGUCUCCCUGCAGUACCUGAACGGGGACUGGCGUCACACCUGUGGAGGGACUCUCAUCUCUCCCGGCUGGGUCCUGACUGCUGCCCACUGCUACUCGAGUUCUAGGACAUACCGGGUGGUGUUGGGCGAGUACGACUUGACCCAGCCGGAGGGACCUGAGCAGUCCAUCCUGAUUAAUGCUGGUGACUUCCUUGUGCACCCACGAUGGAACUCCAGUUGUUUGUCCUGUGGCUAUGACAUCGCCCUCAUCAAGCUGUCUCACAGCGCUGAGCUCACACUGGAAAUCCAGCCUGCCUGCCUCCCUCCUGCCGGCUACAUCCUGCCCCACGGAACAGAAUGCUACGUCACUGGCUGGGGUCGUCUCUACACUGGUGGGCCACUCCCUGACAAGCUACAGCAAGGACUGCUGCCGGUGGUGGACUAUGCACACUGCUCCCAGCCAGACUGGUGGGGCUCCUCUGUGAAGGAGACCAUGGUGUGCGCCGGCGGGUAUGAAGUCUCUGGCUGCAAUGGUGACUCUGGAGGACCCCUCAACUGCCCCGGAGUGAACUGUGAGUGGGAGGUUGACGGCAUAGUCAGCUUUGGUUCUUCCCGUGGCUGCAACACAGAGAAGAAGCCUACAGUGUUCACCCGUGUGUCAGCCUUCAAUGACUGGAUUGAGGAGACGAUUGCGAGCCACUAA